AUGCCUCGAGCCAGCUCUCCAGCGGCUUCCGAGCACGAGGUCGACAUUCUUGGCGACUUGUUCGCGAACGACCAUAAUGGCGCGGCAGGCGGCUUUGACGCUGGCGACAUUCUCGACGGCGACGACAGCGAGGGAGACGCGGCGUUCAUUGCGCUGAAGCAGUCGGCAUCGUUCAGAAAAAACACAAACGUCAAGGGAAAAUCUGUCAAGAAGGGCGGCGGCUUCCAGUCCAUGGGACUCAAUGCCAACUUGCUCAGGGCCAUUAAUCGGAAGGGCUUCUCUGUUCCUACGCCUAUUCAGCGCAAGGCCAUUCCGUUGGUGCUCGACCGCAAAGAUGUUGUCGGUAUGGCUAGGACAGGAUCCGGAAAGACCGCUGCCUUCGUCAUCCCUAUGAUUGAGCGUCUGCGUACUCAUAGCGCCACUUUUGGCGCUCGUGCCUUAAUCAUGUCGCCCUCGAGAGAACUGGCUUUGCAGACCCUCAAGGUUGUGAAGGACUUCAGCAAGGGCACGGAUCUGAAGUGUGUGUUACUGGUCGGUGGCGACAGUCUGGAAGAGCAGUUUGGCUCGAUGACUUCAAAUCCGGAUAUUGUCAUUGCAACGCCGGGACGUUUCCUCCAUCUCAAGGUCGAAAUGAGUCUGAACCUGUCUUCCAUUCAGUACGUCGUUUUCGACGAGGCGGAUCGCUUGUUCGAGAUGGGUUUUGCGGCGCAGCUCACGGAGAUUCUGCACGCUCUCCCGUUAUCGCGACAGACUCUGCUCUUUUCUGCGACACUUCCCGCAUCGCUCGUGGAGUUCGCCAGAGCUGGUCUGCAAGAGCCUAGCCUUGUGCGACUCGACGCGGAAACCAAGAUAUCGCCCGACCUGCAGUCGGCCUUCUUCAGCGUCAAGGGUGCUGAGAAGGAGGGCACCCUCCUUCACAUCCUGCACGAUGUCAUCAAGAUGCCCCUUGGACUUCCCGAAGGUGUCGAGGUGGACGGCGACAAGCAGUCCAAGAAGAGGAAACGAGGCCCAGAUGGUCCCCGCCAAAAGGAAAAGCCAUCAGAGCACUCCACCAUCAUCUUUGCGUGCACGAAGCACCACGUAGAGUACCUUGCUAUGGUUCUCGACCAUGCCGGUUUCUCCGUGUCUUACGUGUACGGCUCCCUCGACCAAACUGCCAGAAAAGAGCAGGUUGAAAAGUUCAGAAAGGGUCAGUGCAAUAUCCUCGUCGUCACAGAUGUCGCCGCGCGUGGUAUCGAUAUUCCGAUUCUGGCAAACGUCAUCAACUACGAUUUCCCGCCUCAGCCAAAGGUUUUCGUCCACCGUGUUGGUCGCACUGCUCGUGCUGGUCAGCGCGGAUGGAGUUACAGCUUGGUGCGGGAUAUCGACGCGCCAUACUUGCUCGACCUGCAGCUCUUCCUGGGCAAGAAGCUGGUGGUGGGCAAGGCUGGCUCGGAUGGCCUGAACUUUGCCGAGGACAUCAGCGUUGGUGCUCCCAUGAGAAGCAAGGUGGAGACCAAUGUCGAGUGGCUGAACCGGGUCAUCGACGAAAGCGAGGACAUCAAUGCAUUGCGACGAGUCUCGAUUAAGGCUGAGAAGCAGUACAUGAGGACGAGAAACUCGGCUGCCCGACAGAGUGCGAAACGCGCACGCGAGAUAGUCGCCUCCAGGGAAUGGACACAGUUGCACCCGGUCUUCGGCGACGAGCUUGGCGAUGCCGAGAAUGCUCGCGCCGAAAUGUUGGCCAAGAUUAGCGGGUUCAAGCCCAAGGAGACAAUUUUUGAGAUUGGCAUGACCGGCAAGACAACAAGAAAUGAGGCGGCAGAGAUUAUGAAGACUGUACGACAACGCUUCGGGCCACGGAGGACUGCUGCUACUGCCGACGUGGGCGCUGCGGAUGAGUCUGAUGAGGACGAGGUCAUGGUGGAGCAGACACUGGACGCGAGCGACGAUGACGAAGACGACGAAGUCAUCGGAGUCGGUGCAGAGGCCGUUGACGACGACGAUGAUGAAAGCGUGGCGGUUCCAGAGUACUCUGACGACGAGAUGGAGAUCACAGUCACGAACAACGACGACGAUGGCAAGUCGUCAAAGAACAAGAAGAAGGGUCCUUCAACGUUCCGCGACGAUGAGUUUUUCAUGUCCUAUGCACCACGCAGCAUCAACGCUGCUGAGGAGAGAGGAUACGGCGUGCACUCUGGAGCUGACGGCAACAACUUCAUGGCGGCCGCGCGCGACGUGCAGAUGGACCUGACCAACGACGAGUCGGCCAAGGCCUUUGGGGAGCCGACACGGAGCGGCGGCAAGCUGAGAUGGGACAAGAAGAGCUCGCGGUACGUGAGCAGCCUCAACGACGAGGACGGGUCAAAGGGCCUGAAGCCGAAGAUGGUGCGCGGCGAGUCUGGCGUCAAGAUUGCUGCGUCAUUCCAGAGCGGACGGUUCGACCGGUGGAAGAAGGCCCAGCGGAUCAACAAGCUGCCGCGGGUGGGCGAGACGGAGAAGAGCGGGCCGGGCAUGGGGAUGGCGCCGAACGGGGCACGGUACAAGCACAAGAUGGAGAAGGCGCCCAAGGAGGCGGACAAGUUCCGGGACGACUACCACGUGCGCAAGAAGCGGGUGGCCGAGGCCAAGGAGAAGCGCAUUGGCAAGUACAAGGACGGCGUGGGCAUCAACCGCAACGAGCUCAAGGGCCAGGAGGACAUGCGCAAGGGCCGGAAGCUCAAGGAGCAGCGGCGGCUCAAGAACGCCCGGCCGUCGAAGAAGCAGUAG